AUGGGAGCGACAAUGAAUUCCACCAAAGGGAAUGUACUAUUUUGCAAGACGCUCUUCAAACUUCUUCUUUUGGUAGGCAUGGCGCACAAUGUUUCGUGUAAGACUUUGAAAUACAAAGUUUAUGAGGAGCAAAAAGUAGGAACUGUGAUUGCGAGAUUGAGAGAGGACGUAGCCAGCGUUUUAUCCAAACUCCCGAGCUCGGUGUCCCCCCGGUUCCGUGCGAUGCAGAUGGGCAGUACCCCGUUCUUGUCGGUCCGCGAGGAGGAUGGCGAAAUCAGCAUCGGAACAAAAAUCGACCGGGAGAAGCUCUGCGAGAAAAACCUUAAUUGUACCAUUGAGUUUGAUGUAAUCACCCUGCCCAGGGAAUACCUGCAACUAUUUCACGUACAAGUAGAAGUGCUGGACAUCAACGAUAAUUCUCCGCAGUUCUCGCGCGCCAUCAUUCCCAUUGAGAUCUCAGAGAGCGCGUCUGUGGGCACGCGCUUCCCACUGGAUAGCGCCACUGACCCGGACGUCGGAGAGAACGCUCUGCACACGUAUUCACUGACCCGAAAUAACUUUUUUAAAAUAGAAAUCAGGACUCGGACAGAUGGCGCUAAAUAUGCGGACUUAGUGGUGGUCAGGGAACUGGACAGAGAGACGCAGUCGAGCUACCAACUGCAGCUUACUGCUUCGGACUCUGGUGUGCCACCCAGGUCCGGCUCUACCCUCCUAAAAAUCAGCAUCUCCGAUUCCAAUGACAACAGCCCCUCAUUUGAUGAACAGGCAUAUACCGUCAAUCUCUUGGAGAACUCUCCACUUGGGACAUUAUUGGUGGAUCUAAACGCCACUGACCCCGAUGAGGGAAUUAAUGGUAAGAUCGUAUAUUCUUUUAGUAGUCACAUUUCCCCCAAAAUCUUGGAAACUUUUAAAAUCAACCCAGAAAAUGGUCACAUCACUCUUAUUAAAAAAGUGGACUUUGAGAGCACUCCUUCAUAUGAAUUAGACGUUCAAGCUCAAGACAUGGGUCCCAACUCCAUCCCAGGCCACUGUAAAAUCAUCAUCAAAGUGGUUGAUGUAAAUGACAACAAACCCAAAAUAAACAUAAACCUGAUGACCCAGGGCAAAGAGGAAGUGGCCUACAUUUCAGAGGCUGCGCCCAUCGACACCUUCAUAGCGCUUGUGCGGGUAGAUGACAGUGACUCUGGUUUGAAUGGAGAAGUGGUGUGCAGAUUACAUGGCCAUGGACAUUUUAGGCUGCAAAAAACCUAUGAAAACAACUACAUGAUCCUCACCAACGUGUCCCUGGACAGAGAGCGACGUUCAGAGUAUAGCCUGACGGUGAUUGCGGAGGACCGUGGUUCACCCAGCCUCUCCACCAUCAAACACUUCACUGUGCAGGUGCUGGAUGAGAAUGACAACCCGCCCCGUUUUGAGAAGAGCAGAUACGAGAUCUUCAAGUCGGAGAACAAUUCUCCCGGUGCUUAUCUGACCUCAGUUGUUGCUGCAGACCCAGACUUAGGAGCUAAUGGUCAGGUCACAUACUCCAUUGUGGAGAGCCAGGUCCAGGGGAGCCCCAUUUCCACAUAUGUGACCAUUGACCCUUCCAGUGGAGCUGUAUAUGCACUGAGGAGUUUUGAUAGGGAGGAGGUGGGCCGACUUAGCUUCGUAGUACAGGCAAGAGAUAGUGGUGGUACAGGAGGAAGCGGAGCUUCUCUCAGCAGUAACACCACUGUUCUCCUCACCAUUUUGGAUGAGAAUGACAACCCACCUGUCAUCAUUUCACCACCACUCAGCAAUCACACUGCCGAGGUGGCACUCUGGAGACACGCCGAGCCUGGGCACCUAGUGACCGUCGUAAAGGCGACUGACCGCGACGCUGGCGCCAAUGGAGAACUGGUAUGCUCUGUAGUUGGCGGUAAUGAGGAAGGUCUGUUUGUGAUGGAUUCAAGGAGAUGUGAGCUACGUCUUAAUGGUAGUGUGGAAACAGCGGGCAGAGAGAGCUUUCAGCUGGCCAUACUAGUUCAGGACAGGGGAGUGUCUGUACCCCUGUCAACCCGGGCGCUGUUCCGUAUCGUUUUGCAGGACCAUCCUGAGAGCCAUGCCUAUGCCCCACCUGAUGUUGCUGACCAAUCAGCAUUGGACAUUUCUAUGAUCAUCAUCAUCUCCUUGGGCGCCAUUUGUGGUGUUCUGUUGGUUGUCAUGGUAAUGUUUGCCACGCGUUGUUCGAGAGAGCAGAAGGAUCCACGUCACUCCUACAACUGCAGAGUUGCUGAGUCAACUUAUCAGAACCAUCCCAAAAAGCCAGCCCGGCAGAUCCACAAGGGUGAUAUCACAUUGGUCCCCACUGUUAACGGUACGCUGCCAGUGAGGGCUCACCCUCGCUCACCCUCCGCAUCACCAGCCCCUGAGAGCCGGCAGACUCAUCACAGCCGCCAGUCACUCAACAGCCUUGUUACUAUCUCCUCCAAUCACGUGCCAGAGAACUUUGCACUUGAGCUUGCCCAUGCCACGCCCCCUGUGGAGCAAGUCUCACAGCUUCUGUCCAUGCUUCAUCAGGGCCAGUACCAACCCAGACCCAGUUUCCGUGGCAACAAAUACACCAGGAGCUACAGGUAUGCUCUGAAUGAGAUGGACAAGUUCAGUCUGAAGGACAGUGGACGGGGAGACAGUGAGGCAGGGGACAGUGACUGUGAGACAGGGCGGGAGUCUCCCAUGGACAGGAUGUUGGGAGAGGGUUUCGCUGAACUCUUCAGCCCUGACGGGCAGCCCAGGCUACACCCAGCGAUGAAGCUUUGCACCGAGGAGUGUCGUGUACUUGGUCACUCUGAUCAGUGCUGGAUGCCCCCUCUCCCUUCUCCGGCCUCUUCUGAUUACCGUAGCAAUCUCUACAUCCCGGGAGAGGACCCCCAACAGUCGGCAGCACCCGAAGCCCCCCAGUCUGGUGAGUCCACCCUCCGCAAGAAAAGCUUCUCCACUUUCGGCAAGGAGAGCGAGGAAGAGGAAGGCGAGGACGGCGAGGCAGAGGACCUGUGUGGGACCACCUCGCUCCUAUCAGAAAUGAACAGCGUGUUCCAGAGGCUCCUCCCCUCAUCUCUGGACUCCUAUACCGAAGCCAAUGAGACGGAGCGGCCGGGACCGUGCUCCGCGGGGACGGGCUCUCUGGAGAGGAGGAAGGGCCACCUUCCCGGCAAACCAAACUCUGCCUCCUAUCAGCAAGGCGUGGCCGCCUGGGCGGCCAACACACACUUCCAAAACCCUGGGCACGGGCACGCCCCCGCGAGUCACAUGACGGCGCUGGUCGCUCCUCUCCCACCCCCCGUGUCCGCCUCCAUUCCGGUUUCCGGACCCUCUUCGAAAUGGCUGCCAGCGAUGGAGGAGAUUCCAGAAAACCACGAGGAGGACGAGCUGGAGUCAGUGCUGGGACACCUCCAGGGCAAACGCUGCGACAGUCGCAGCGAGAUCAUGGACGCCAGCGAACUGGUCGCCGAAAUCAACAAGCUUCUCCAGGAUGUUCGGCACAGCUAG